AUGAGUUCAACACCAAAAAUAAAUUGUUGUUUAAUAUGUUCAAUUUUAUCAUCAUUAUCAAAUGUAAAUUGUUGUCCAAAACAUUUAACAUUAUUAAAUAAAACAUUAUCUUCAAACUUAUCAACACCAAUUAUUUAUAUGAUGCCUUCAACAAUGAAUGAUUGGCCUAAAUUAGACUGUCAUUGUCGAUCACAUUGUUCAAAAUCUAAACGACGUCAUCGAUCUAGUUCAUCAAGUUCAUCAUCAUCAUCAUCAUCAUCAUCAGAAUCAUCAUUAAAGUCUCGACAGAAAAAGAAAAAACAAACAAUUGAUACAAUACAUAAAGAUAAUGUUACACAUUCUCCAAGUAGAGAAGAAAAUACAUCAUUUAAUUUAACAACUCGAGAAAUAUCAUCUGUUUACCAACAACAUCGAUCAAAUCAUGUUCGAACUCCAUUAUCACCUUUAUUUCCAUCAUCUUCAUUAAUCAAUACAAACAUGAAUAAUAAAAUUAAAAAAGUACGAAAGAAAAAGAAAACUUCAUCUACUCCAAUUGCAAUUAAACACAAGGCACUAAAUAUUGAUCACAUAGAAUCGGUAAUGCAAUAUGAAUCUGGUCAAUUGGCUCCUCAGCAAAUAAGUAAAGAAUUACAAUCUCCAGUAUAUACUCCACGUAUUCUUUUAAAUCGUGUUGUUCAUGUUAAAGAUGAAGGUGAAGAUUUAUUUACUAAUAAACCUCAAAUAACUUUAAAUAUGGCUCAAGCAACUAAACAAAUGAUUCUAAAAAGAAAUUUAGAACCAAGAAUUCUACUUGAACGUGUUUCUUUAUAA